UAAUGUGUCACAGUUGUGAAUAUUUUUCAGGUCUUAAUACACCAGGGAGAGUUUCUGUUCUUCCAUGACUUUUCUAUUUAUUCCGAUUUCGUAUCGAACCGUGCGCGUUGCCAGGAAGAUAAAACCGCGCCGAGACAUCGAGGGGAACUCUAGAUGUAUAUAUAUGUAAAGACGUAAAUAUUGCGUCUGCGGUGCGGUGUAGAAGGGAGAGGAGGGUGGAACCGGGUGCCGGGGCCAAGUGGCAACCGAGGGUCAGGUCAGGCGUACCGAGACGCACGUAUAUGUUGUAUGUACGCGCCGUGGCCUCUCGUGAGCCUCGGUCGUCGUCGUGAGAUAUAACACAGGUGCAUAUCGCGUCAAGCUUUCGUCCGCGCUAGUCGUGUAUUGUCGUGCAUUGUCGUGUAUUAGUGUUUCUUGGCAUUCGUUCGUUUCGCGACAGAUCAGUUGCCAAGUUGGGGGAUUUCCUUCAAAAUUUGGAUUUUGCUAUUUUCACGGGAGAUUUUUUGGGAGGAAAAUAUAAAAAGACAUAUCGACAGUAUUUUGUAAGGAAUUGAUUCAUGAUUAAUUAUAUUUAAUUGCAAUUGAUUAUAACUUCUUUUAUUAUAAAUACUUGUAACUUGACAACUGCCGACAACACCGAGUCACAGUCAGCUGCCAGGUACUUGCUGUGGCGGUUCGGCGUCGCGAUCUCGUCCUCGUCGGCCUCGUCCCCGUCGUAUCAACGCGCUUUUAUCACGGGCGCGCGCGCGCGCCCCCACGGAUCUUCGUCAUGUCGCUCGCGAGAUAAUGCCGCGGCUGCUGCUUGACGUUGACGGUUGCGUUCGGACGCCGGAGUGCGAGAACGACGAGGUUAGGCGCGCACGAUUUACAUCAAUCCCCGAACGACGUGUCAGACGUGAACCCAAAUGGCGGCCGCUGCCGAGGAGGAUGUGUCCACGCUUAGUGAGCGAGUUGCCGAGCUAAGCGUCUCCAGGACGGAGAACGACGAAAAGGACGCAGCGGGCAGGAUCAACGGCAAUGACGUGGAUGUCACUGCGAAGAGCUGCGAGCCGCGACUCUGGGGCUUCGAGACGCGCGAGCUCUAUAAGCUCGCUCUUAACUUUUACAAAGGAUUUAAUUUGUUUAGAAAAAGAAGGCAAAGCUGUUCAUCUUUCUUAUGAGGAUAAACUGAAACUGGUGGCGUUCACACAACAAGUAACGCAUGGAAAAUGCACAGCCGAAAAUGCAUCACCGUUAGGCGUCCUGGACAUGAUUGGGAGGGAUAGGCGCUUGGCAUGGCAAAAUCUGGGAGAUAUAUCAAAGGAGCAGGCAAUGGAAGGCUUUAUAGUAUUGUUAGAUAAACUAUGUCCUUUAUUCAGAACUGUAGUUGAGGCGCAAAAAAGAGAUUUUGAAGAAAAACAACGGGUUAAGAGAGAAGAAGAGGCCAAAAAGUUAGAAGAGGAGAAGAAACUUAAAGAGCUAGAAGAGGAGAGAAAGAAACAAGAAGAGGAAAGAUUGAAAGAGGAAACUCAGAGGAGACAGAUUCAGGAUGCUUUAAAUCAGCAAACGUAUUAUCAGUUCAAGGUAUACGCCGAACAACAGUAUCCCGGCAAUCCGGAACAGCAAGGCGUUUUAAUCAGGCAGUUGCAGGAGCAGCAUUAUCAUCAGUAUAUGCAGCAACUUCACCAGAACCAGUUAGUUAUUGAUGACCAAACCGAAGGAGAAGAGGAAGAAGAAAAGGAAAAGAAGAUAAAGAAGAAGAAUGUCCAGUUGGAGAACGCAAUGAGCAAAGACGAUGAUGAUGAUGAUGAAGACGACAAUAAUAAGGAUGAAUCAAACGAAAACGCGAAUGACGAAGAUUCGGAUGAUGUGGAAGACUGGCCGCCCAUCACUCCAGCAGAAAUGUGGACAAGAAAGGGCGUGGAGGAAUUUAAGCAGACUAUCAGAAAAGAAACUGGCGACGCAGUCAUCAAGGUCGGUCAUGGCGAGACUGUCACGGUGCGAGUGCCAACGCACGAGGACGGUACAUGCUUGUUUUGGGAGUUUGCGACGGACGGUUACGAUAUUGGUUUCGGAGUUUAUUUCGAAUGGUCGAAACCAGAGACGAACCAGGUAUCUGUGUAUAUAAGCGAAUCCGAGGAAGACGAAGAUGAAGAGGAGGAGUACGAGUCGCGGGAAGAUCUGGAAAGUGGAUCGGUGAAUGGUAACGCCCGACCUGAACGUAGAACGACCACACCACCUAUAAGCGUUAUAGUACCUAUAUAUAGGAGAGACUCUCAAGAGGAGAUUUACGCUGGAAGUCAUCAAUAUCCGGGCGAGGGAGUGUAUCUUCUAAAGUUCGACAAUUCGUACUCACUUUGGCGGAGUAAAACACUUUACUACCGAGUGUACUACACACGACAGGGUUUCACGAAGAAUAAUAAUUAGUCUUUACGUUGCAUAUCGAGACGAGAUGUAUAAUGAGUGUAUGUUGUCUGUUGAGCACUAGCCUUGGCAUAAUCGUCUACUGAUAACGCUAGUCCAACUGAAUAAAGAGUCCUGUUUGUCCCUAUUUGGUUCGCGUGGAAGCGAUAAAACUGUUCACAUACAAAGAAGAUAUAUUUAUUAUGUAGUUAAAUAAGAAUGCGACAUGUUCUAUAAAGUGACAAAAGGUGUGUGCGCGCGAGAAGGAAACGGAUUCUAAAUUGUCCUCGAGAGGCAAGAACUCUCCGUGGCGUGCAUUAAUAUAUAAAUUGGCGAUUGACUCUUCUACAUGCAUAAUAUUGCGUACCUGCGGCAAUUCUUGCGCACACUGUUUUUCGAUGCAGAUGAUGCCCAAUUUUCGAGCAUUCGUAUCGAUGCGCAAAUCUUUAUAUAUACAUGAACGAUACUCUUCGUUUUAAAGUGAAGGACCGUGUAUCGUGCACGUUGUAUAUCUAUGUGAUUGUAUUAUCUAUGUGAAUAUUGGCUUGUGGAAUGUUUUAUGCGAUUCGAUGUUAUACAGACUUCACUUAGCGUUCACUGUCAUAGCUUUUAUUAAAAUUAUCUUAUUUUUCUUUAAAUACAGCAGAAUACAGUACA